AAUCUUUUUUUUUAUUUAACGUUAUAUAAAAUGUCUCGGUUGGAUCUGUUGGUGUUCGGUGCCACAGGCUUCAGUGGUAAAAUAGUGGUGGAGAACAUUAUGAGGAUAUGUAGAGACCCUCAGUAUUCUGACCUCACGUGGGGGUUAGCUGGGAGAUCCCUGGAGAAGCUGCAGGGUGUACUGCAGGAGUUGAAAGAUGCAGACACGGACCUAUCCUCAAUCCCGCUGCUGGAGGCCGACGUGUCGGACCCGGGGUCUCUGCUGGCGGCGGCGGGGCGGGCGCGGGUGCUGCUCAACUGCACGGGGCCCUACACCUUGCUGGGCGCGCCGGUGGUCAGGGCGUGCAUCGCUGCGCGGACGCACUAUGUGGAUAUUACUGCUGAACUGCAUUUCAUGCUGCAGACAUACCGCAGCUUCGACUCCCCAGCACGGGAGGCGGGCGUGCUGGUGGUGCCGGCGUGCGGGUUCGGCUCCGUGCCCGCCGCGCUGGGGCUGAUGCAUCUGGAGCACCAGUUCCAAGGAACCCUCCACUCAGCGCACUGCUACACGGCGCUGGACAUAGCGAAGCGGCUGCUGCUCCCGGGACCGGGCAAGACGCUGGUGCACUACGGGACCUGGGCCUCGCUGGUGCACGAGCUGAAGAACUACCGAGAGUACUCGCGGCUCAAGCGGGAGACCUUCCCGGAGGAUGUGUAUGAACCAGCUCUGGAGCCAAAACGGUCAUUCUUCCACAAGCACAAAGGCAAAUGCUGGUUCCCAUACCCGGGCCCCGACCAGGACGUCAUAGAGAUGUCGCAGAGACACCUCCACGAGCACCGCAAGAAGCCGGCGGUCCGAUGCAGCAUCUACACCACCAUGCCGGCUUUCUACCACCUGCUUCUGCUGAUCCCCGCCUUCAUGUUCUACUAUUACAUGAGCUUCCUAGCCUGCUUCAGAUAUCUACUCAUGAAAUACCCAAGGCUUUUCACCCUGGGAUACAUGUCCCAUAAAGGCCCCUCGAAACGGAAUAGGAAUGACACGAAGUUCAGCUUCGUUUUCACUGGCAAAGGAUGGGCGGAGAAGCCCAAAGUGGAUGAGAAAAAGAAAGUGGAACCGUUUAACAAGACUGUCUGUGUUAAGGUGUCUGGUGUGGACGCGUACGCCACAACUGCAGUGGCGAUGGUUCUUUCAGCUAUAACAGUUCUCAAGGAUCAAGAUAAAAUGCCUAAAGGUGGAGUGGUGCCGCUCGGAGCAGCAUUCUUCGACACAUCUCUGGUAGAAAGACUAAACCACUACGGAUUAAAGUUUGAAGUUGUAGACGAGGAAUCCGUAAAAUUCUAGCUAUUAAAUUAAUUUAGUCAAAUCUGUGAUGGGAUAGUAACUAUGUU